AUGACGACUUUCAGGUUCUGCAGGGACUGCAACAACAUGCUGUACCCGCGGGAGGACAAGGACAACAAGCGGCUGCUCUUCGAGUGCAGGACUUGCUCGUACGUCGAGGAGGCAGGUUCCCCGCUCGUGUACCGGCACGAGCUGAUCACGAACAUCGGGGAGACCGCAGGGGUCGUGCAAGAUAUAGGGUCCGACCCAACGCUGCCUAGGUCCGACAGGGAGUGUCCCAAGUGCCACUCGCACGAGAAUGUGUUCUUUCAGUCGCAACAGCGUAGAGGUGACACGUCCAUGGUUCUCUUCUUUGUCUGCCUUUCCUGCUCGCACAUCUUCACCUCGGACGAGAAGAACAAGCGCACACAGUUCUCGUAA